UCACGAUAUUCACCGCGUGGCGCAAGAUGGGCCCGAUUGGUCAGCUGCAGCCGCUCAAGCUGUACUCGCACAAGCGGGGAUCGAAUCCAUGGAAGGUUGCAUUGACUCUUGAGGAACUCGACAUAUCGUAUGUCUCUGAGUAUCUCGAGUUCGACCAAACCAAGACCGAGCCCUCCUUGUCGCUCAACCCGAAUGGGAAGCUCCCUACACUUAGGAUCCCAACCGUGAAGUGGUUGUUUUUGAGCUGAGCUUCCUAAAUUUCUGAAUCAAAUGGCAUUGCUAAACUUUUCCUGCUUGCUAGAGCGGCGCAAUCAUCGAGUACUUGAUCG